AUGGAAAACUCAGAAAUAGUUUUAGAUAAAAUUAUCGACAAGCUUCUACAAGCCAUGUGGCAGACCGAACAUGAAGUGCCGCAUUUUGACAAGGCUUUUGCAGACUAUUUAGAUCCAAAAUCAGGGCAGAUAAAAACCGAGCCCAGCCCCCCAAAAACAGUUGAAUUUCUCGAAGCAAACACUUCAGCUUUAAACAACAUGACCAAAAUCCUUCAUCAGGUAGUCGAUGCUAGUGCCCAACGAUUAAAAUUCCAAUUUUACGAAUCACUUGUCGAUAAAGGACUAAUAACAUGGGCAUUGUGCCAAUUCACUGCUCAAUUCAGUAGUAGUAAUAAGAAUAAGAAUAAGAAUAAUAAUAAUGGUGAUGGCAGUGAUAUUAUUAAUGAUUACCUUUCGGCUUCAACCCCACUUGCAUUAAAUACCCCACAAAAACAGCACCCGUGCUUUGACUAUCCACUAGGACCUGAUCCUUCUUCUGUGUUCUUUUCUCCAGUCCCAAUUUCACGCCAGCGACACGCUAGCGUCAGCAGCGAUGGCAGCUUAUGGUCUCCACGCUUGCUUGAAACCAUCAAGAAUGAAAAUCAUCUCGACUCAGACAUACAUUCCAGCCAAUGCGACACUGAACAAACGCUAAUUGAUGAACAAUCUCUUUUAACAGAACUACCACCCUUGGCUAAAACUGCUGACCAUAAAUCAAACUUACUCUUCAAAUCCCCAUUAUCUUCUAAAACGUUAUCACAAGCCGCUCGCCGAACAGCAUCUGCUGCUGUUUCUUCUUCUCCUCAGCUUAAUACAAUCCGUAUCCACUCUAGUUGUGACAAUCUUCGCGAUACCUCUAAGACCCUCCAUCGUGCUCAACCAUCUUCACUCACAUAUAAACGUUCAUCCACACUUUUGCGACCAGAAUCUGGAACUACCCCAGGAUACUUAGCACCUACAAUUAGCUCAAGAUUGUCUUCGCGCGAUUCAAUUAACGUUAGCGAGGAACUUUUGGCACAAGAACGUGAUCGUCAGCGUCGCAUUACCAUGACCUCUUUGGGAAUGUACCGCACCAGCACGUCUGAUAAUACAAAUUAUUUAAGACCCUCAUCAUCGCUUAACCACCACAGCACUAAACAAUUUAUUUUUUCUGAUGCAGGCACAAAUCACUCUAACAAUUCCCUAAUAUCAUCACGAACAGUUCCUGCGGGAGGUAAAACUUUACGGAUCCGCCCAUCUACUUCGAUUCUGCGGGACCCAGACUAUUUUUAA